GGAAAUUACCCUCCCAUCUACAAGGAAAAAUGCUGUUGCUUGCUUUCCUGUGUCUUUCACCGUUCCUGCAGUCCUGUUUUGCAGAGUAUGAAGCCAUAUUACCGGCGUGGCCAUCAGAACUGACAAAUGCGAAGAACCGAAACACCUUGCGUUUAGAAAGAGCUGGAAGACCUGUCACAAUACCAGUGGAAAACAUUAAGAAAAUGGAAAAUGUGCCAUUAUCAUCACUGUCGACAAGUAAUCCAAAUAUCAGAAGUAUGAUUAUUGACACACACAACUCCUUGAGAAAAAUAGUCAAUCCGCCCGCACGUAACAUGCUGAAAAUGGUCUGGAAUGAUGAGGCUGCUAGAACGGCAGAUAAUUACGCCAAAAUGUGUUUGCCGAAUCACAGCGAACAAAAUCUCAGAAAGAUCACAAAUUUUAAUUGCGGAGAAAAUUUAUUCAUGUCAACUUUCAAAGCCUCCUGGGAUGAUGUCAUAAAAUCAUUUUACAGUGAAGUUGUAGAUUUUGAAUAUGGAAAAGGAGCUAAAACUCCUGGUGUAGAGAUUGGCCAUUAUACACAGUUGACAUGGGCUACCUCACGCCAGGUUGGCUGUGCUAUUAACUAUUGCGCCAACAAUAACCUCCCAUACAGAUUCGUCUGCCAUUACUGCCCUCCGGGAAACAAUCUUAGCUCAAUGGGAUACCCAUACAAAUCUGGACCUACAUGCGGAGACUGUCCAGCGGCAUGCGACAACGGCCUCUGCACAAACUAUUGCAGUUAUCAAGACUGGUUUUCAGACUGCUUUAAAUAUUAUCACGGGCAACAAUGUGAUGCAUCACUUGAGAAAGAUUGUCCCGCAACCUGCAAGUGCACAAAUAAAGAGAUAAAAUAAAGCAUCUGAGAAUAAUUUACAUCAUACCGAUAGCAUUUAUAGAAUUUUAGAGUAUUUUAAUUAUUAUGUUUAUGUGCCGUUUAUUUAAAUACACAAGCGAUUACCGUAUGAAUUGUGAU